ACAGACAGCUGGAGUCUGGCAAAUGAAACCGGAAACUAGAGGACGUGUUUUCUCUAGUCUUUCUCUCUCUAUGGUUCUUCACACCACCACUUUUCAUUUUUUAAAACCGCCUAUAAUAGCAGCGCGCUACGGCUGGUGCAAAGGAAAAAUCACGGAGUGGCUCGUUUUGGUUUGCGGUUGUUGUUGGUUGCAGUGCCUGGGAGGUAACCGGGAAAAGCUGAUUCCCUGGCGCUUUUUCGAUUUGGCACUCCGGAAGAAAGGGGCAUUUUCCAGACAGUCCACCUCAGGAAGCAGGUAAACCCUGAAAAGAAGACUGAAGCCACCGAAAACGGAAUUCUUGUAUGGUCAAAUAUUUCUACCUUGUUGGCAGAUUUAGUCCAACAUUGUGUGUUGGUAAUAUGAUUUUUACUUAGUCACAUAAUGAUGCUAUGUGAAAGAAGGAGCCAUGUCAGAAGAUGCUUUCAGAGAGACACGGUUUUCUUUUAAAACAGCAGCUUUAAGAGUGUUCGAUCUUCCCCUGUCUUGGUAUUCUUCUCUAAACCAGGUUAAGAUCUCACCAGGUCUGAAGAAGCUGAUUGCAGUAACUGCAGUGAGUGCAAUAUCUGUGCUUUUUCUUGCCCAUCACUUCAAAAGAAAGCGUGGAAAGAAAAACAGGAAAGUAUCUCCAUGGGAACCAGGGCGUAUGGUUUUAGAGUAUGCAAAAACCGCUGCAUCAGAAAAAGAUUCGAGUUGCUCCAGCAGCAGACAAAACCUAACACUCUCAUUGAGUUCAGCCAAAGAAAAAGGUUCUCAAUCCUGUAUAAAUGCAAAUGGAAGCCUCUUCAGUAAAUAUUCAGGUUCAGUGCAGAGUUUGGCCUCAGUCCAAAGUGCCACUUCCUGUCCUAGCUGUGUUUGUGUCAAUUCAAAUUCCUGGGACAAAGCAGAUGAAGAUGAUAUGAAAUUGGUCAAUAUUCCAGUAACUACCCCAGAAAACUUAUACUUGAUGGGAAUGGAACUUUUUGAAGAGGCACUGCGGCGAUGGGAGCAGGCACUUACUUUCCGUAACAGACAAGUUGAAGAUGAAGCAAACUGUAGUUCCAUCAAACUUGGAGCAGGCGAUGCAAUUGCAGAGGAAAGUGUAGAAGACAUAAUUAGUGCUGAGUUCAUUCAUAAGCUUGAAUCCUUGCUUCAGAGAGCUUAUCGUCUUCAGGAAGAAUUUGAAGCCUCUCUUGGGGCCUCUGACCCAGCUUCCUUUGCUAAUGAUGUUGAUAAAGACACAGAUAUCACUGUGAAGGAUAAUACAGAUGAAUUCAGUCUGCGGGAUACAUUAAGCAUUGCCUCUACAGAUUCAUUUGUUUCAGCUGCGGAGCUUGCAGAGCACAAAGAGAGUCGAAACAGCUACCAUCUGGAUUCCCUUUGCCACUGCCCAUUGUAUGAAGAAGCAAUGCAGCUGGCAGAAGAGGGCAAGAUUUAUUCUCGAGUCUUAAGGACUGAAAUGUUGGAGUGUCUGGGGGACAGCGAUUUUCUUGCUAAACUCCAUUGUAUCCGACAAGCUUUUCAGGUAAUUCUUUCGGAUACUGCCAAUAGAUUAUUUCUUGUGGAAAGUGGAAGAAAAAUUCUGUCUGCUUUAAUUCUGAGAGCAAGAAAGAAUCCAAAGAAGUUUGAGGAAGUCUUUGAUGAGAUGAUUUCUUUUUUAGAGCAAGCAGAUCACUGGUCUAAUACUGAAAUGGAGCUUGCUGCUUGGGGAGUGAAGCAUUUAAAUUUCUAUGAUGUUGUUCUGGACUUUAUAUUUAUGGAUUCAUUUGAAGAUUUAGAAAAUCCACCUAUGUCUAUACAGAAUGUGGUUAACAACCACUGGCUAAAUUCUUCCUUUAAAGAAACUGCUGUGGCUUCAAGUUGUUGGUCUGUUCUGAAACAAAAAAAGCAGCAAAUAAAGGUACAUGAUGGAUUCUUUGCGCAUUUCUAUGCUAUUUGUGAACAUAUUAGUCCUGUUCUGGCAUGGGGCUUUCUGGGUCCUCAGAACUCUUUGUAUGAGUUCUGCAGCUUCUUUAAGGAUCAGGUUCUUUAUUUCUUGAAGGACGUUUUUGACUUUGAAAAGGUACGAUAUUCAACAAUAGAGAGUAUAGCUGAAGACCUAAUGCAGCUGCUGAUUCAUCACACCGAUCUUCUUCUGGCCUACCUUGGAGCUGAAUCAUUAAGACAUGUCAGUGGUUGUGUAAAUGGGCGUGGACAAACAACGGCCAGUAACCUCUUGGAUGCAAAAGUACAAUAGGGUCCUUAAAAAACAACAAUAUGUGAGCACAAAUCUUGCCUUUCUAUCCCUCAAGGAACUGCUUCCCCCCCUUCAUUUUGAGUAAGUAUCAGCAAACCUACAAUGUUGUUAAAUAUGGACUCAGGGAGGCUUUACAAAUAUGGAAAUAACUGCUAAAAUAUUGCUGUAUAUAUCUGGAAAGGGCACUUUGGCUGUCAUUGGAUUUAUAUCCCAGUUUGUUUGCUUUUAAUAGUCAAGUAAAAUUCAUUUGUGAAAAUACUGUACUUUGCCACAAAUAUUAUUUGUGAUUAAAAUUGAUAAGGAUGCACAGUAUGGUAAAUAAGCUUGUCUCAGAGUUUUAUAUUCUGCAAAUUAUUCAGUACAAAGUCUCAGAAGCUCAGAAGCAUUCUUUUCCCUCAAGUUAUGCACUUUUUUUUGGUCUUUAGUGACAUGUGCAAUAAAAUAACACUUGCAGUGACAAUGUAUUUAACUUGCCUUGAUAUUGCAUUUGAAGUGUUUAAGCUCUCAUUUGUAGUGAAUGAUGCAAUGAAUGCAUUCAUCCUUUGGGUUGCAAUAGCUAUUCUGUAACCAUUGUUAUAAUGAAACGAUAACUCUUACACUUAUGUACACUGAAGUCUUACAUUACACAUUUCACUGAAGUUUUACACUGGCUAGUGGGGCCUUAAACAAUAGUAUAUAUGGUUUCAUAAUUAGUUAAAUCCCCUUCAUCUCUAGAGAGCUUUUAAUAC